UUAGAACGUCAAGCCCAACGCAUCAAAUGAAGAACCAUAUAUACACUUUUCUAUUUUCCUAUUUAGCCUAUAUGGCAGUUGUUGAAGGUCAGAUACCCCAAAUAAACUCCUUCAAUAAGGUGGUCAGUUUAGAUUGUUUGGAAUGCCUCUGUGAAACGAUCAGUGACUGCAAUUUGACCCUAGGCUGCACUGGGUCAACAUGUGGACCAUUUGCCAUAACUAAACCAUAUUGGCAACAUGGCGGCCAGUUGAUUUUAAGAGGCGAUACCCUCGAUAACGAGACUCAAGCCUUUGAAAAUUGCUGCAAUGAUGUCUUUUGUGCCGGAGAUACCAUUCAAGGCUAUAUGAGAACUUUUAAACAGGACUGUAAUGGGGACGGCGUCAUAGAUUGCUAUGACUUUGGAGCCAUACACACUCUUGGACCUUAUGGAUGCAAGGGGGAAGUACCUCAGUGGUAUGGUUCCAAGCUGAGACGUUGUAUUGAAAAAUCUCACAAAUAAAAUUUAAACAAAAUUGAAGAUUGUUUUGAGGGACCCCAAUAAAUAAUAUACAUAUUAUUUGAAUCUCA